CUCCCCCUCCAGCUCAGUGUCUCAUGUAUAGCCAUUCCUCUACCUCCCUUAAUGAUAACGGUACAUUUGCUAGGUUGGAGGCAGUUCUAAGUGGGUGAGAUGCACGGCUCGAAGCUCAGACAGCUACGAGGGGUAGACAGUAGCUGUCACGAUGACCACAGCCUGUAUGAUGGCCAUGCUGCUCCUCUGGGCCUGUCCAGUGGACCCCCACCGGACGCCCUAUUAUGAGAGAAAAGAUCCAGAUCCCAGUCAGGACCAAAUGGACACAAAGAACCACCAUGAAGAUGCCAGAAUGUCCAUGCAGUCCGGGCGCAGGUGGUUAUCAAAGCCGCGAAUCUCCGAUGCGGAGUACAGCGGCGGAGUAGUAGCGUUAAGCUAGCGCCAGCCUGUGACCGAGAGCCCACCGUCCGCGAGAUGAGAAGCGAUGUGCAGCCCAGGAGAAUCAGCGAGAUGAUCCACAGCAUACCAGCGGGAAGACGGCAGCAGUCCGGUGAGGAGAGAGUGGUAGCCUGGAGGGGCUACCAGCCCGUUAGCCUGACAAUCCUGCCCGGAGAAUGGAGGUCCACCUGGUGCAGUGGUGGCUAGCGGAGACCAACCCAGGUCUGCUCACCGCACCGGAACGGAAAGAUCCCGGCAGAGUAAACAGGUGGGCUUGUGAUGGCUAGCGACGUGGCAGCCAGGGGUGAGAAGACCAGCUGUUCCAGUUGCAGGACAAAAACAACAAUUGGACUAAACCCGGAAGUCUUGGGGCUAGCGGGCUAAUUACUCUUCUGAGGUUAGUCGAGUGUUUAAAUAUAUUCAAGGUGCUACUCUAGUGUUUGUCACCACAGAGCUAGCAACCUAAACAAACAGGCAAAAAGAAGUGAAAAACACAAGAGCAAAAAUAAAAACGCGAAAAAUCGAGGCUGCCAUCAAGCGGCCAUCUUGGAUUUCUGUAUACAUUGCAUGAUUUGUUCUCGGGUGAGAACUCCAAGAGCUGCUGACAAUGUGUUUGCAAAAUAAUUGGUUACAGAUUUUCUGGCAAUUGUCACAGGAUUCAAAAACUGAAAAAUAGCGACGUGGCAGCCAGGGGUGAGAAGACCAGCCGUUCCAGUUGCAGGACAAAAACAGCAAUUGGACUAAACCCGGAAGUCUUGGGGCUAGUGGGCUAAUUACUCUUCUGAGUUCUGAGUUCAGUUAAGGUUAGUCAAGUGUUUAAAUAUAUUCAAGGUGCUACUCUAGUGUUUGUAACCACAGAGCUAGCAACCUAAACAAACAGGCAAAAAAGAUGUGAAAAACACGAGAGCAAAAUAAAAACGCAAAACAAUCGAGGCUGCCAUUAAGCAGCCAUCUUGAAAAAAUGUAGCGAUAAAAGUGUCAGCUAACUGCAACUUGACUGAGCACCAGCGUCUCCUCCGACCACAACCCCCAGAAACUGCUGGUUCGUCUCCGCCUGCUCUUGCUGCAUCUGCCCCAGUGCCAUGAUUGGCUGGGUCGGCAUCUCUGCGUGCUGCUCUUGGCGAUGCAUGUGCCCACUUUACAUUGGGUGCCACUGUAAGGCUCCUACGUCGUCCCCGUGAGUCUUGGGCAGGCACAAAGAGGGCAGCACACUGGAUUUAAUUCAGUCGCUACUCCUGUUUUUAUCGGGAAGAGACAAACACACAGAUUAACCCCAGCUGAGGCUGAUUACACCUCAUCCCUGAACCACCCCUCGUUCCGUCCCCUCUGCAGCUGAGCCUGACCACGCCCCGCCACCACACUGUUGUUUACACCAGACGGAUCCUUUCUAGUCAUCACUCUUUGGUCUGGUGGUACAUCAGCGCCCAAUGUUACCUUCUUAUGUUUCCGUUUACGGAGCUUUCUUCACCAGGAUGGAGAUGUGACCGUGUCAGGUUGUUUGUGAUACUGAUUCCCAUGACUGGGAUGUGGUUUCUCACUAAGCAGUUCAUCACAAUGGGCCAUAAGCAGUGCCACAGGGCGGUAGUCAUUUAGACUUAAUCUUGAAGCAGAGGGAAAAUUCUCCCGUGUCAGGGAUAUGAUGAAUAUGUCUGUGACGACAUCCACUAGCCGGUUGGCACACAUUGUGAACAAGUUAGAUUUGAAGAUAAAUAGACUAAAAAGACUUUUGGAGGUAAGAGCAAUACAAGAAAUUUGAAGUUAAAUCAGAAAGACAAAAUGACUUGCAUGCCUUGGUUUGGUUUGUAUGUAAAGGAGUAGGGAGGUGAGGGAGUGUCGAAGAUGCUGCCACCCAGGAGAGGAGAGUCCCCAUCAGUACCAGCACUACCCACAGUACCAGAUAGUACCACAGAUCAACAUUACUCUGCUCAAAGGGAGUUGGGGUACAAUAACAACACCUCAUCCAUGCUAAGGCAUUACCGUGCCUUGUAUGAGAAUAAGGAGGAAACUGGAGCUUCACCCAGCCAUGCCACCAGAAAACAAGAGCUGGAUGAAGCCCUCGUCUCCAUGAUAGUGAAGGACACACAGCCUUUCACUGUUGUGGAUGAUGUUGGAUUCAGGGCAUUUGUGUCCAAACUGGAUCCUAAUUAUGUUAUCCCUACAAGGCAGGCUCUGAAGGCCAUGGUGGAGGCCAAGUAUGAGUUGGCUAAGGAGAAGGCUAAGGCUAAAAUGGAAACGGUGGUUGCUGUUAGCCUUACGUCUGACAUGUGGACAUCCAUCAAUAUGGAUGCCUCAAUAACAAAAGCCUCCUUCUGAAUGAAUUCAUAAUGGACAGUAAUCUUGAUUUUCUCUGCCUCACUGAAACAUGGCAUAAACUCCUGGACUAUUUCUCCCUCAACCAGACCACCCCCACAGGAUUCACAUACACAGAUAAACCUCGUCCAGAGGGGCGGGGAGGUGGUGUUGCUGCUGUCCACCGGGAGGACAUUAAAACAACC